AUGCUGAACCUCAAAGUCAAAGACAUGCAGAAGGGAACCUUCGUGGGCAAGGCCAAGUGCGGCCCGCGAGUGCGCGAGCUCGCUCGGAGGCACAAGCUUGACAAAGGAGCAGCCACAAAGCUGGAAGAGGCGAUGUCGAUGCGGGAAGCGAUGGGCAAAGACGUCGAGAAGGACAUCUUCCUCCUGGAUGAGCACCUAACUGCUUCCAACAAGCCCUCGGCACUGAUCAGCAUGAAGCUGGACAGCUUGCGAAAGGGCUACAACAUCGGUCACUGCAUCUACAGCAGGGAGCCAGUGCAGGGAAACACUGGCCCAGGUGUGGAUGGUGUGGUGGAUAAGAAGCGGCACGUUCGCGUCCUCGGCUACACAGACGCCGACCUUAACAGUCGCUUCGCUUCUUCCGAUGGCCGCAGCGAGGACUGGUUUAGGGUUUAG